GAAAGUAAACGACAGUCAACAGGGAAGCAGGCGAGCCGGAAGAAGCAACAGCGAAGCACAGAACUCGUCAGAACCGAGCCAACAUCGACUGCAGGGGCGGGGAAGACGACGACGACGACGAAGGGGCGGAGGAGGAGGAAGAGACACCUGCUCCGUGACUCGCUCUCCCUUCUCUGGACCCCCCUCUCCACACCGCCCCCCUCAUUCCUCUCCCUCGGACCACCACCACCACCACCUCCUCCGCCGCCGCCGCCGCCGCCGCCGCUUCCUCGUUAAGAUGGCUGACCCCGGCAGCGACGGAGAGGUGGUGGAGGGCGCGCGCGGCUUCGCUCGCCAGGGUGCUCUCCGCCAGAAGAACGUCCACGAGGUGAAGAACCACAAGUUCAUCGCACGCUUUUUCAAGCAGCCCACCUUCUGCAGCCACUGCACCGACUUCAUCUGGGGCUUCGGCAAGCAGGGAUUCCAGUGCCAAGUCUGCUGUUUUGUGGUCCACAAGCGCUGUCAUGAAUUUGUCACCUUUUCCUGUCCGGGCGCCGACAAGGGGCCGGCCUCCGACGAUCCUCGUAGUAAACAUAAAUUUAAAGUGCACACGUACUCCAGCCCGACCUUCUGUGACCACUGUGGCUCGCUCCUCUACGGCCUGAUACACCAGGGCAUGAAGUGUGACCACUGCAUGAUGAACAUCCACAAGCGCUGUGUGGCCAACGUCCCCAGCCUGUGUGGGACAGAUCACACCGAGAGGAGAGGGCGCAUCCAGAUCUCCGCUCGGAUCAACGACGACACUCUCACCGUCACCAUCAAAGAGGCCAAGAACUUGGUCCCAAUGGAUCCCAACGGCCUGUCGGACCCUUACGUGAAGCUCAAGCUGAUCCCUGACCCCAAGAGUGAGAGCAAGCAGAAGACCAAGACCAUAAAAUGCUGCCUAAACCCCAGCUGGAACGAGACCUUCACUUUUAACCUGAAAGAAAGUGACAAGGACCGGCGUCUGUCUGUGGAGAUCUGGGAUUGGGACUUGACCAGCAGGAAUGACUUCAUGGGUUCUCUGUCCUUCGGGAUCUCGGAGUUGCAGAAACAAGGGAUUGACGGAUGGUUUAAGCUUCUGUCCCAGGAGGAAGGAGAGUAUUUUAAUGUUCCCGUCCAGCCUGAUGGUGAAGAUGGCAAUGAGGAGCUUCGACAAAAGUUUGAAAGGGCAAAAGUGGGUCCAGGGAAGCCGUCAGACUCCUCUUCCUCGUCUUCCAUCAGCAAGUAUGAGAGCAACGGCAACCAGGACCGUAUCAAGCUCUCCGACUUCAACUUCAUUAUGGUUCUGGGAAAGGGCAGCUUUGGCAAGGUGAUGCUGGCUGAGAGGAAAGGUACGGAUGAGAUGUACGCUGUGAAAAUCCUGAAGAAGGACGUAGUGAUCCAGGACGAUGACGUGGAGUGCACCAUGGUGGAGAAAAGGGUCCUCGCGCUUCCUGGGAAACCACCUUUCCUCACACAGCUGCAUUCCUGCUUCCAGACUAUGGACCGACUGUAUUUUGUGAUGGAGUAUAUUAAUGGAGGGGACUUAAUGUACCAGAUCCAACAGGUCGGGAAGUUUAAGGAGCCUCAUGCAGUGUUCUAUGCAGCCGAGAUAGCCACGGGCCUCUUCUUCCUCCACUCCAGAGGGAUUGUGUAUCGAGAUCUGAAGCUGGACAAUGUGAUGCUAGACUCCGAAGGCCACAUAAAGAUCGCCGACUUCGGCAUGUGCAAAGAGAACAUGUGUGACGGCGUUACCACCAAGACCUUUUGCGGAACACCAGAUUACAUUGCCCCUGAGAUUAUUGCCUACCAGCCUUAUGGGAGGUCUGUUGACUGGUGGGCCUUUGGAGUGCUGCUGUAUGAAAUGCUUGCGGGGCAGCCACCUUUUGACGGGGAGGAUGAAGAUGAGUUGUUCCAGUCGAUAAUGGAGCAUCACGUUUCGUACCCGAAAUCCAUGUCUAAAGAAGCCGUCGCCAUCUGCAAGGGGCUGAUGACCAAGCACCCUGGCAAGCGUCUGGGCUGCGGUCCCGAGGGCGAGAGGGACAUCAAGGAGCACGCCUUCUUCCGCUACAUCGACUGGGAAAAACUAGAGAACAAAGAGGUCCAGCCGCCUUUCAAGCCUAAAUCUAAAUCCCGCCGCGACGUGGGCAACUUUGACAAGGAGUUCACCAAGAUGGCCGUACAGCUGACGCCAACAGACAAACUCUUCAUCAUGAAUCUGGACCAGAAUGAAUUCCAAGGCUUCUCCUACACCAACCCCGAGUUUAUUAUACAAGUGUGAAGGGGGUAUUAAAAACAACAACACACCAAAACCUGAAGAGACCUGCAGUGUCUUUUCAUCAAGACUCAUCUUGUCACGUCACAUCGUCUCGUAAACCGGACUACACGCCCGCAAAUGCACGAAGUCAGACUGCACAAGUGAGAGUUUCUUACAGCGGGACUAAUCUGCUGCUCUUGCACGGUAGCAAAAAGAAAAACAACAAGUAACGACUCAUUAAAUAAACCGCGGACCUCCGCCAAGGCCCAACUGUUAACAAAAGUGUGGGAAGAUGAGUUUAGUUUUUGGUUGUCUGGCGACUUCCUGUUUCUGACCAAAUCAAAAACAUUUCCUCAAAUAAUGCUCGUUCCUUUAAUGGACACCGCGUCCCGUUUCGUCCAAUCCACUUUUUCCCCUUAGGAUGGUGAAUCAUCUCAAUUCUGUUACUGUAACUGAGAAGAACAUUAAUCAACCUUUAAUAUCAUUUGCCAUAUCUUUAAUACUUAGAUCUUUGGGAUUAAAAGCAUUACUCGUAUCACUGUUCUCCACUGAAUUAUUCUGGGCUGAUACUGACAGCAGUGCUACAUAUGAUCAUGUCUGGCUCUUGCUGUUGUUGCCGUCGGUUACCCGCAUUCGUCACGGUGAAAAAGGUUGAAACCGUUUUGUAGUUUUGAUCCAGACUGUUUGCUUUCCUCUCAUCUUCUCCUCUUUUCCACUCCACUUAACGCCACUUCAUACUUGUAAACUGCACCAACAAGUGUAUUUUGCUUCAUGAAUUAAGUUCACCUCUGCGCAGUAAAAUGUAGAAGUCUAUUGUAUGGAAAAACAGUAAUUAAAAUCGAAGAAAUCAGUUUUGAUGAGACGUUUGGGGGGCCGCUGGAAAUCUCGGUGCCCCAGGCAAUCGCCUGUUUGCCAAAUGUCAAGUCCACCCCUGAUAACUUUGCGACUGGCAGCACCCUGAAAUAGCCGACAGCAAGUCUGCUUCGAAAUGAUAAGAUUCAGGGUUUGAAUCUUGGCUUACCUGUGUGGCGUUUGCAUGUUCUCCCCGUGCUUGCGUGGGUUUUUCCCAGUGGUCAGCUGGCUCCAGCUCACCCGCAACAAGCAUUCUAGAAAAUGGAUGGCUCUCUCCCACCUGCAGUUAAGUAGCCCAUCACCUCUUCGUGGAAAUCGGUGACAUCAUUUUUUUUUUUUGCGUAAUCCUGAAAAAUCAACAAACUGCAAUAAAAAUAAAACUUGUCACUUUUGUCCAUGGCGGAGGUAAUUAAAUAAAAUUAAAAAAAAGUCGAGUUUCCAGGAACUCGGUAUCAAUUUGUCAACGCGGAGGGCAACAAUGAACAAAGUCGCUGCGUAUCUACCGAUGCACAGGCAGCGGGCAUGUUUGUUGUUUAUUUCCUUCUCGUUAAAGUCUGGUCAUAAACAUUCCAUAAUCAAUAUGAGAUGUAUGUAUGUGCUCACACACACAUAUGCAAGCAUGCGUGUCUGUGCGGGGUGUAGUAGGGGACGGGGUGGUCCGGAUUUUGUGUCAAAAUUAGUCCUGAACUAGCACAUCUUGUCUUCCGAAUGAGCCCCACUUCCCCCCCCCCCCCCCCUCGCUGUGACGUCAGAAAGCCUGCGCUCUCACUCCAAGGCACAUUGAAUUUUACUUUCAUUUAAAUCGGUCUAUAUUGGCUUCCCACUCAUGGUUGGCCAGAUUUCUAAACUACAGUAAUUUUCCCAUUAGGAAAUAAGGGAAAUGGGAAUAAUCCGUAACUGUUGCCACCACAAAAAGCCUUAUUUACUAUACAUGCAAUGCUUAAGUAACAAUCUAACAAUUUGUUACAUUCAUACAAAGAUUACCGUAAUUUCUCGUGUAUAAUACGCUCUUAAAUAUUAAUGCGCACCCCCUAAAUUCAGGAAAACCCUUCCACCCAUGUACAAUGCGCAACAUCGAUUUGUUGCUAUCCAUAUGCUCAAAACAUCAAGUUUUAUCCGUAAUUUAUUAGGCUUUUCAAAGAAAUAUUCUGCUCUGUGUGCAUGUGCUAAAGUAAUUUGUUGUUGACAGGCCAUGCAUAAUGUAAAAAAGCUUACCGUUGCUUGAUAUUACAGAACUGUGACCAAAAUGUUUUUGGACAUCUCUAAUUAUGCCCCUUUCCACAUCUGAAAAUAUCAGAAUGAAAUCCCUCAUUUAAAAAAAAUUUAUGGACAAAGAUUUCUUCUUCAUUUGCGCUCACUACAGAAACAGCUGAACGUAGCUUAAUGUCCCGAAACUGUCACCGUUCGUCGCCAAAAUGUAUGGGGACAUCGCUACCUAUGCCCACUUCAACCUCUGAAAAUAUCAGAACGAAAUACCAAAUAUUUCAGAUUUUAUUGACUUUUAUAUCAGUAACGGGUCCAAGAAAGAGGCCUUGAUUCUUGGGUGUGUACACGAGAAAUUAGGGUAAAUUAAGUAUUUUGACACUGCUUUAUGUAAUUUAUGCUGUACUUUUCACCUUCUUCUCUUAAUGACCCUUGUUGAAGACGUUUCUUCUUUUGGAGUCAGUGUCCCUGCAAAAAGCCAAAAAAAAUAUAUAAACGCACAGAAUUUGCUUUCGUGACGAUCGAUUUUGUGAAACGUGUUUUCGCCCAAAAUUCUGCGUUUUACAACUUCCAAGGUUUCAGCAUAUUUUCAUAACAAAAAAGGCAUUUCCCGAUGAUAAAGUGUUGUUAAAGGGAUGUCAUUAUUUUUACGGGUGAAGGAAACGUGACCUUUGGGUGAGAGCGAAGGUGGUGCUGCGAUUUCAUGCGAAAAGGGCUUAUUUUAUUAAUGCAAAACCGACUCUUCCUAAAAAAAUGUUAUCUAACACCAUCUCUCACCUAUAGUGCUAUACUGUCUUUGUGGUGCAGCUCCUCCUAUGCAUGCAUUGUUCUUUUUGUUUGUUUGUUUUUGUUUUACUUUUAGGACAAAGCAGACUUGCGUCAGUCACAAAGCUCUUGAGAUUGUGUGCAAUGAACAUAUAAAAGUAGUUGUACUUGUUAUUAUUCUGUAUGUGUUUCAAGUGUCUUUGUAAAUAGGAAUGGAGUCCAAUUAGAGGUGGUUCUCGCAAACAUCUCAACGGUUUUGACUGGUUACAUAACGCCACCGAGUGCUACCUGCUUUUUUUCCCCUCUUUUAAUUUGAGCUCCAAGUGGUGCUUUCCUGAGCUUGAAAUUUCUAACAUAAUUUUUUACCAUCCAAAAAAAUAAUCAACAUCUUAAAUUACAAUUACAAGAAAUACAAACUUGGCACAGAUAUACUUCCAUAUGAUUCACUUGUAAUCGUUGUGUCUAUGAUUUUUGAGUGAUUUAAUGAACUUUUAGGGGGCCUCAAAUUGCCUGAAAUCUAGUAAGUUUUGCAAGUGUAUCAAUCCUGGUGAAAGUUUAUGUAUUUUAUGGGUUCCAAACACAACUCUCCCUUUCCCAAAAUUCAAUCAAUAGUGCCCCCUGGAAGGUAUUGAAAACAAAAAUGUCCUCCAACAACAGUUUCACCAAUUGACACAAAAUUGGGUGGCUUUAUUUUUGUAGAGGAAUCAUACAAAGGUUUUUUUUGGCCUCCACUAUUUAAUGUAGCUGGAUUAUAAGCAUUACAAUUUGGUGGUGAUGUCAAGGAUUCAUAGGUGGUGCGAGGGGCCAGGGCUCCUCACUGCUCAUUGUAAUUGAUUUGUAAACCAUUUCCAGUCGUUUCUUAGCCUAACGUUCAUCAGUGACCAUUUUGAGCAGAGGAAGAAAAGAGUGAGGAAAACAGAGGAACAUUCACAUCUACUAUGCAAAUGGCAAGCAAAAGAAAAGGUUGCGGUGAUAGGAGGAGGAAGAGUUGGGUGACUUUUAUAUAAAUGGACCUGUGUAACAAUUAGUACUGUCAUGUUGCAUGCGCCGUCAUUACCUGCGCGUGAGGCAUCAACAUUAAAGUAUGAAUAGGU